AUGCAUAUUUCUUCCAAUUACUCAACACGGCGUACGACGAACAUUUCGCAGACGGUUUUCGAACUAGCAAAGAAAUUACCGCCAACACGCAGAAUGAAAAGCAAUAGUGAAGGCAAUGCAACAGUGGAUGGUAUUGAGUCGGUGCCAAUUCCGGUGACAGCACAGCAAAUGGAAUUAGUGUUACAGGAACUGGCAAAAUUACGGGAAGAAAUGGAUAAAUUACAAAUUCAGCGAAAUCGAAAUGAACUAUUCACAGCUACUCCAGAUAUGGCGAAAAUGCAAGUGAUUGUUAAUACAGAUCCAUUGCAGCAAAUGAAAGAUUUCGUCAAGCCUUUUCAUGGUAAUUCGGACGAAGAUGUAUACAAGUGGAUCGAGAGUAUUGUGCAUUACUUCCACGUGGCACGACUCCCGGGGAAUCAAGAACAAUUAUAUUUUCAAUAUGCGCCCGCUUUUUUGAAGGAUUACGCAUAUAAGUGGUGGAAGGAGAAUCAACAGAAUGACUGGAAUUGGGAUUUGUUUAAACAAGCAAUUGUCGAACAAUUUGGCAAAACCAACGAAUACCUGAUUGGGCGGCAAUUGGAUCAACGCAAACAACAAUAUAACGAGCCGGUUAUUAAAUAUUACUACGACAUAAUUGAUUUGUGUAACAGAUACGAUCCAAAUAUGUCGGAUAAACAAAAGAUUCACAAAUUGACGAAUGGAUUGCAAUUUUCGUUGUAUCAAGAAGCAGUGAAAGAUACGUACGCAACACCAGUCGAAUUUUUAGUCAAAGCCCAACAAAUUGAGAAUGUCAGCAAACUGAUUGAACAUCGACAAAUGCAAAUGAAAAUACCAAUUGGUUGGAAUCAUGAACAAUCUACAGAUGAGUCCGCUUGGUACAAUUCGAAUGGAAACGACCAACGACAGAAUAGCUAUGGACAACAACAAACAACAACGGACAAGAACCAAACUUACGCCAAUUUUCAACGGCCUAAUGGGCGGAUACAGUGUUACAAAUGUCAUGAAUUUGAUCAUAUUUCUCGAAAUUGUCCUCAGAUGAAUAAUCAUGGUGGUCCCUCUGUGUCAACAAUUAAUCCAUCACCAUUAUCCUUCAUUACUGUUCCUGUUAAUAAUGUAACAACGCAAUGUUUAGUGGACACGGGAGCUAGUAAUACUUUUAUUUGUUCAUCAACAUUACGAAAAACCAAACAUUCUACAAUAAUUCCAAUGCGAGAACGAGUAGCUUUGGCAGAUGGAAAUACAUCGGUGUAUAUCAACGGCAAAGUACAAAUAUUUAUUAGGGUUGGCAAUAUUACGACGAGUGUAAUGGCAAUGGUAUCAGAAUCUCUUUCAUCACCGUGUAUAUUGGGGCAAGAUUGGAUUCAAGCGUACUCGGUUGAUAUUUGUCAUUCGAAAAAACAGAUUGUUGUGCAUUUAGGAAAGUUAUCCUCGUCUAUUCCGAUUGAAGCAAAUACCAGUGACCAUACGUGUGAUGUCAAGCUGGCAAACGCUAUUACGAUCAAACCACAACAUACAAUGAUUGUCAAAUUGAAAUCUUCGAUUUCAUCAUCAUCGAAUGUUAUUUUCCAACCGAAUCGACAUGUUCAACAUCAACAUUUAAUAGCAAUUCCGAAUGCUUUGUUGUCAAUUGAUAACUACGAAACAUAUGUGACAAUAACCAAUCCAACGAAUAAUGUCUGUGAGCUGUCUGGUAAUACCAAGAUUGGACAAGUGACAACUCAGACAGAGAAUAUUAGCUGUUAUUCAAUGAACUCAAUUGAUCGAGAUUCACAAAGUGAAUUGGAAUCGGAUGAACAAACCGAAGAAAAAAUGAUUCAGGGAUAUCAAUUUGAGCUAGACCAUAUUGAUAAUUUGGAGGAACGAAAGGCAAUUCGAAAUUUGCUGAACAAAUAUUGGAAAGUAUUUGAUAUAUCUAAGCCAACAGUCUCAACGAUAUCAGCUCCACCAAUGAUCAAUACUGGACAAAAUCCUCCAAUUCAGUCGCGAGUCUAUCGAACAGACUUGAUUAAACAACAGCAUCUGUCGAAAACCAUUGAAGAAAUGUUGGAUAGCGGACAAAUCGAGAAAUCUCACGCGAGUUGGUCAUCACCGGUGCUGUUGGUGAAGAAAAGGGAUGGAACCUAUAGAUUCGUGGUAGAUUAUCGACAACUCAAUAAUGUAACAGAACGUGAUUGUUAUCCUCUACCUCGCAUUGACGACACGUUAAAUCGAUUGAAUGGCAAUCGAUUAUUUACAAAAAUGGACCUGCGCUCGGGUUACCACCAAAUUCGAAUUCAUCCCGAUGACAAAGACCGAACCACAUUUACUGCUUAUAACGGGUUGUUUCGGUUCAACGUGAUGCCGCAAGGCCUUAAAAAUAGUCCUUCAAAUUUUCAGAGAAUUAUGUAUGAAUUACUAGUCAAAACCAGAUGGGAGUAUUGUUUAGUGUACAUCGAUGACGUCUUGAUUUUUUCACAAUCAUUUGAAGAGCAUGUGCAUCAUCUAAAUGAAAUACUGUUGGUUUUGGCUACCGCGAAAUUACAAGUGAAUCCUCACAAGUGUUCUUUUGCUAAAUCUUCUAUUGAUUACUUGGGACAUACAGUGGAUGCUAAUGGAGUUGCUCCACUUGAAGAAAACAUCAAAGCCAUCAUCUCCAUUCCAACACCAACAACACCAAAACAAGCGCACUCAUUUGUUCAAGCAGCAAAUUAUUACAGGGAUUUCAUCGAAAACUUUUCGAAAAUUGCGGCGCCAUUAUUUGUUUAUACACAGAAAAAUGUAACAUGGAAAGGGUGGACAGCGAAGAUGGAUACGGCUUUUAACGAAUUGAAAAAUCGAUUGACAACAGCGCCGGUAUUUUUACACUUUCCUGAUGACAGUUCACCAUUAACGUUAUCAAUCGACGCGUCUGGUGAAGGAAUGGGAGGAGUAUUGCGACAACUAACACCGGCGGGAGUCAAAGUGAUUAAAUAUGUGUCGAAGAAGUUUACCCCGACACAGAAGAGAUAUUCAACAACUGAACGAGAAUGUUUGGCAAUGGUAUGGUGCAUUCAAAAGUUGAGAGAAUAUGUUUGGGGUAGACCAAUUGAAAUUGAAACUGAUCAUUGUCCGUUGUGUAGCUUCAAUAAGAAGAAAAUUCAAAAUUCUCGAAUCGAACGUUGGCAACUGGAAUUAGCUGAAUAUGAUAUUACAAAAAUUCGAUACAAGAAAGGACGCUGCAAUUGUGAUGCUGAUCUGUUGUCCAGAUUUCCUUGUGAAGAAGCAGAUGAAGAUGAUCAUUUGACGCGGGUUCGAUUAUAUCCUCAACCGAUCGAACAAACCAAUUCAAUGCAAAUCAAUGCGAUUACGAGGUCAAUGGCCAAACGAUUGUUGAAUGAUAACGAAUCAUCAACUUCGAAUUUGGGAAUGUCACAAGAUGACGAAAGUUCGAACGACACACGUGAUUCAAGCAAAAUGAAAAGUGAUGGAUCAAUGGUUUUUGAUAUAAGUCUGGAUCGAAUCCGCACUGAACAAAUAAAGGAUUCUGUCAUAAAGGAUCGGAUUCAGAAGAUUGAAAAAAGUCAGCAGGGAUUCGACAAUUUAACUAUGAAUCAGGGAGUUUUGUUCAAAUUGGUUGUUCGACCGGAUAAAACAACGAUACAAUUGCCAUGGGUCCCAGCGUCAUUGGUCUCUGAAAUCUUGAAAGCAUACCAUGAUCAUCCAAUGAGCGGACACUUUGGAAUUACUCGAACGUAUCGGAAGGUAAAAGAUAAGUAUUUUUGGCCUAAGAUGUAUGAUACAAUUCGAAAUUACAUACGUUCGUGUGCUGAAUGUGCCCAGUUCAAUGUACAACGACAAAAGAAACCGGGAUUUUUACAACAAGAACAACCACCUGAAGGAGUAUUCCAAAUAUUACAAAUGGAUUUUUGGCGUGCUCCUGUUCGCUCGAGUGGUGGUAACCAGUAUGUCCUGGUUAUCACCGAUCGUUUGUCGAAGUAUGUUUUUGCGAGAGCCUUUCCAACAGAAACAGCGAAAGAUGCUGCAACAAUGUUGUUUGAAGAUAUUAUAUUACAACAUGGAGCUGUUCAGUAUGUACAAUCUAAUCAAGGAACGCACUUCAGAAACGAGUUGUUGGCAUCGAUUACGAAACUGACGAAUUGUAAACAGAUCUUCUCAAUUCCAUACCAUCCGAUGUCCAAUGGUCAGGUGGAAAGGUUCAAUUCAAUGUUUUGUGACCAAUUGAAGAAAUAUUGCAAUGAGUAUUUGACAGAUUGGGAUAUUUACUUACCAGCGAUUAUAUGGGCUUAUAAUUCGGGUGUACACGCAACAACAAAAUUCAUUCCGUAUGAAUCAGCCUUUGGUCGACGAUUGAUUUCUCCGUUUGAAAUACAACCAUCAAAUAUUCAAUUAUUGAAACCGCACGAUUAUUGGGAACUGGUAAAUCAAUACAGACAAGUGGCUAUUCGGGCUGCUCGGGAGAACAUUGUACAAAAUCAGAUUCUGAGUAAACAACGAUACGAUCACAGACGAAUGAACCCACAAUACAAUGAGGGAGAUUUAGUUUGGGUGAAAAUUUUAACAGGGCGGUCGAAGCUCGAUGCUCGCUUUCAUGGUCCGUUUGUAAUUGUUCGAAAGUUUAGCAAUGUGAAGUUUCUAGUUGAACACACAGAACGACAGUAUCAACAAGAAGAACAUGUUAACAACUUUCUCCCAUAUUAUGAUCGCGAUUACGAUUGA